UGGUUGGGGGAAAGAUGACAAAGUCUGGGCGACUUUGUGCAUUCAUCACCAAAGUAAGGAAAGGGAGUUUAGCGGAUACAGUUGGGCAUCUCAGACCAGGUGACCAGGUCCUAGAGUGGAAUGGCCGACAGUUGCAAGGAGCCACAUUUAAAGAAGUUUACAAUAUCAUUUUAGAAUCAAAGCCAGAGCCUCAGGUGGAACUAGUGGUCUCACGACCCAUUGGCGAUAUCCCCAGGAUACCAGAAAGCACACACUCACAACUGGAAUCCAGUUCGAGUUCAUUUGAGUCUCAGAAGAUGGAGCGGCCCUCCAUAUCCAUCACGUCUCCCAUGAGCCACGGAGUGCUGCGGGAUGGCCCACAGUACUUAUCGGGACAGCUUACAAGCCAAAGCCUUAGUAGAAGAAUUGAGCCUUUUAACCCUAAAGUUCAGGUCAAACUUUGGUAUGACAAAGUCGGCCAUCAGCUAAUCGUCACCAUACUGGGUGCAAAGGACCUGCCUUCAAGGGAAGACGGCCGACCGCUCAAUCCUUACGUGAAGAUCUACUUCCUCCCUGACAGAAGUUUGAAUCAUUGUUUCUCCAGUGACAAAAGCAAAAGAAGAACAAAAACAGUAAAGAAAUCACUAGAGCCCAAAUGGAACCAGACCUUUAUGUAUUCCCCCGUCCACCGGCGGGAGUUCAGGGAACGCAUGCUGGAGAUCACGCUGUGGGACCAGGCCCGGGUGCGAGAGGAGGAGAGUGAGUUCUUGGGAGAGAUCCUCAUAGAGCUGGAAACAGCGCUGCUGGAUGAUGAGCCGCACUGGUAUAAGCUACAAACACAUGAUGUCUCUUCGGUACCCCUACCGAAGAGCUCCCCCUGCCUCCAGAGACGAGCGCUGCAUGGAGACAGUCCCACACGCAGACUGCAGACCAAAGGCCCGUUUGUGUACAGCUCAGGGUCUCAGAGGAUCAGUGACAGCGAGUUCUCAGACUAUGACUGUGAGGAUGGUGUUGGCGUCCUAUCAGACUUUAGAAACGGCAGGGACCUCCAGAGCUCCACCCUCUCUGUGCCUGAACAGGUCUUAUCGUCCAAUCACUGCUCUCGGUCAGCCGACAUCAACCGAGCGCGCUCACGGUCUCCCAGCAUGCCCCCUACUCAGAGUCAUUUUCUCACCUUACCUCGAACCCGACACAGUCAGCCUCAUGACAGUCAGCUGGAGGAACUCAGGAAUUACGGAGCUCCAGACAGGCACGAGAAUCACCACAGGUCCCGUUCUGCAGACCAGCGGUCCGUGCUGGAGCGGCCCAUGUACAGUCGCUCUCGCUCCACAGAGCGGCCACCCGACGGCCCCCACAUGAGAUCAUCGAUGCCCUCCCUGCCGUCAGGACACUCCGCGCCACCCUCCCCUGCCUUAUCGAGGGCGCAUCCUCGUGGUGGAUCGGUUCAGACCAGCCCCACCGGGACCCCCGUGAACAGCAGGAGAGGACGACAGCUCCCACAACUGCCUCCAAAAGGGACGCUGGAAAGAAAAGACGGAGGUGAAGAACUCGAGCCUUCUCCAGGUGCUAUGGAUGUUGAGGAGCGGACGCGGCAGAUGAAACUGAAGAUGAACAAGUAUAAACAGGGAAUGGGCUCAGACUCCAGACUGGAACAGGACUAUCACAAGCGUUCGGGCAGGGAUCCUCAGCGGGGAGAAAACCUCUCGGCCAAGUCUUCGGACAGUGAUGUCAGCGACGUGUCCGCUGUGUCGAGAACCAGCAGUGUGUCUCGAUUCAGCAGCAUGAGCUACAUCUCAGUCCAAUCAGAACGGCCGCGGGGCAGCCGCAAGAUCAGCCACACCCACAGCAAUGCAGUGCAGGGGCGGAGCCUCUCCAGGGAGAGGGAGGAGUCGGUUGGGGAGGCGUUACAGGAGGAACAGGAGGAAGGAGGGUUAGAGGAGGACAGAGGGAGGAAGAGAGGAGGGGGGAGGGCAGGAAAGCUGAGGAGACAGACAGAUAGUGUAGACAGAGAGGAGGCGGAGCUGGAGGAGGAGUCUGAAGAGGGCGUGACUCAGAGGACGGUCUCAGAGACGGACCUCAGGUAA